CAACAAGUGAGCAAGUAAUCUUAACAGUGAAUGUGAUUGCGUUGACUAGCAACAUGUUGCUAAAAUAAGUAUGAUGGUACUGAUAAGCUUCACGUAUAUAAGACGCCUGUGGAUAUAGAUUGUCAGAAUGUAAUACGUCGGCUAUUUGCUUAAUAGAGAAUGUCUGGGGAAAUAAUUCAAUUAUUUGUAAAAGGAGACGCAAAUAUAACGAAGGUUAUACGUAUAAGUGAGGAUGCCAAAAUAAAAGAGUUAAUGGAUGCAAUCCAUGAAAAUUCGACCUACCCAGAGACACGGAUAUGAGAGUGGUUUAUACUUCCAAAGAUAUCCGAGAAAAGGACCCAGAUGGCAAAGAAAUGAGCUUACAAGACUACAAUAUAUGCGAUGAGGCCAACCUGUUUAUUGUGCAUCGUCUUAGGGGCGGGUCUGAAACGGAUACGUCUCCCGAGACAUCUUUGUACGAGAAGGAGGAGGAGGAGCAGACCGAUGUUUUUGAUAUGACUAUCUUAGAUGAUGUUGGUGACGAAUCCGUUGAAGACUUGUCUCCACCGAGGGGCGGGUCUGAAACGGAUACGUCUCCCGAGUCAUCUUUGUACGAGGAGGACGAGGAGGAGGAGCAGAUCGAUGUUUUUGAUAUGACUAUCUUAGAUGAUUUUGGUGACGAAUCCGUUGAAGACUUGUCUCCACCGCCUAAAAUGUACAACGGAGAGGUGGAGCUGACAAAGGAGCCGAUAUGUUCACCCUUGACGACACCGAGGACGGACAGCGGGCAAAGAUGCCGUGUGGACAUGCAAAAAGCCUCUACAAAAGAUCCAUUUUGCAACGCAGAGUGGGAGUUCUUCACUGUUAAGCGUCUUGCUGUACUUACUGAGGAAGAACGCAAAGAAUUCGAAACGAAAAUGGCAGAAAAUUAUCUCCGAAAGGCUAUUGGUAUUCAAGAUUGUCCAAAAUGCAUGGCGUUCUGUGAAAGGCAGAAGAUGACUGACCAGCGUGUGAUUUGUCCAGUUUACACGCGAAAAAACGGGAAACUCUACGAGUUUUGCUGGUUUUGUUUGAAAACAUGGCUCACCAAUAGCAUCAAUGAUUGCGGCAAUUUUGGAUGCACUGGUGAGGACCCAACGACUGCGACUUAUUAAGAACUGUGAGACGAAAACGGUGUUUGGUGUAGAGUGUCCUGCUAUUCGUGCAUGUCCCUCGUGCGGUAUGCUGAUUGAGCACAAGGAAGCCUGCAAACAUAUGCAUUGUCGCUGCAGCCAGAAAUUCUGCUUUAUCUGUU